ACGAGUGCGUAGUGAAGCCGCUAGUAAAUUGAAUGACUCCUGUUUCAGAUUAACCAUACAUUCUAUUAUGUACUGCAUGCAUCGGAGAUACGGGUUAUUUUCGAAAAUUGCCAGGUUUUAAUUUGGUCAUGCGCAAUGGCGGGGCUUCCAAACUGAAUGUUGAAGGUCACCUUGAGUUUCGAGACGCGAGCCGGCUGCCACGGACGGGGCUCCCAGACCGCCGCCAACACACACGCUACGUGACUUUUUCCACGAGCCACAACAAAUCUGCCGACCGGUAAGAUGGCCACGAUCGACAAGCUGUUCACGACGGUGCAGCCGAAGAGCGACGACACCGGCAACAAGGUGACGGUGGUGGGCGUGGGCCAGGUCGGCAUGGCUGCCGUCUUCUCCAUGCUCACGCAGGGCGUGACCAACAAUGUGGCGCUCGUGGACGUCAUGGAAGACAAGCUGAAGGGGGAGAUGAUGGACUUGCAGCACGGCUCCGCCUUCAUGAGGAACGCCAAGAUACAGGCCAGCAAGGAUUAUUCGAUAUCGGCGGGUUCGAAGAUCUGCAUCGUGACGGCGGGCGUGCGGCAGCGCGAGGGCGAGACCCGCCUCGACCUGGUGCAGCGCAACACCGACGUACUCAAGCACAUCAUUCCUCCGCUAGUGAAGUACAGCCCGGACGCGAUCUUCCUGAUCGCCAGUAACCCGGUGGACAUCCUGACGUACGUGACCUGGAAGCUGAGCGGGCUGCCCAAGCACCGCGUCAUCGGCUCCGGCACCAAUCUGGACUCGGCGCGCUUCCGCUACCUGCUCUCCGAGAAACUUGGCGUCGCCACCACCUCCUGCCACGGGUACAUCAUCGGCGAACACGGGGAUUCCAGCGUUCCGGUAUGGUCCGGCGUGAACAUCGCCGGCGUCCGGCUCAGCGACCUGAACCCGAAGAUCGGUACCGACGCCGACCCCGAGAACUGGAAGGACACACACGGCGCGGUGGUGAAGAGCGCCUACGAGGUCAUCAAGCUGAAGGGCUACACGUCGUGGGCUAUCGGCCUCUCGCUCUCGCAGCUGGCUCGCGCUAUCCUCACCAACGCCAUGAGCAUCCAUGCCGUUUCUACUUACAUCAAGGGCGAGCAUGGUGUGGAGGAGGAGGUGUUCCUGUCACUGCCGUGCGUGCUGGGCAGCGGCGGCGUGUGCGACGUGGUCCGCCAGCCGCUCACCGACGAGGAGGCGGCCGAGCUGCGCAAUUCCGCCGCGCUCAUGGCCAAGGUCCAGGCCGGCAUCAACUUCUAAACUUACUGCCAACAAUCCUCAGUGCGGAGUAACGCACUUUAUAAACUAGACUAGAGCAAUGCAAAAUACCUACUAAUUAUUUUACGUAUUCUUACUUGUCUUACUAAUGCAUUAUAUAAGUGUCCUACCUUGCCUAGUUCAAAUGAAUUGCACUGCUAGCUGAGACGCUUAGGUUCUAGAUAGAUUAGUAGGCGCUAAGACACCUAAUGCUAACGUAUUGCCUUACUUAACAAACUGCUGUACGCGAAAUAAAUGUCUAGUUAGAUAGAAUAUAGUAAAAAUAUACAGCAUUACAUUUAGGUAUUCUACCGAUAUAUUUUUGGACUGCUCUUAUAAGUGGACAGGGAAUUUAAAAAUCGAUACCAAAGAUAUUUUCAAACUUACUAGGGGUUGUAAUACAUACCUAUUGGACGCAUUUUGUUUAUUUUGGUAAGUACAGUCAAAACUUAACACCAGGCGCAGGUAGUUGAGGCGGAUGCAUCCUUUAGCCGCUAAAGUUUAGCGCCUAUUGGGAGACAAAGUCCCACCUGGGAAAAGGGGACAACUGGGAAGGAAACAUUCCCAGCCAGUUGUUAUCACGGGGACAACUAACUGUAGGUAGUAAUGUGUAACUGAGAGUUAAAGGGCGAUGAGAGUGAUAUCACUAAAUUACUAUAGGUACAUAUAUCUAUUUUACCAUGCGUAUAGGUUUGUAUUUAUUUAAUCUAAAGUGAUCGUAUUGUGCUUUAUUACGCAUAUUUUGAAAUCAUUAUUUUUAUUUAGUGGUGUAGGUACCUUUUAAUUUGAUCAGUAUUAUAAAGUGGUGGCAUAAUAAAUUAUCUUAGUAGGUAUGCUAUUCAACCUGUAAAUUACUAAGAUUACUACUACAGGAAAAUUGAGCUCCUAUUGCCGCGUCAUUGUUUGACAAAAUUGUAAGUACAUAUUUUACUUUUUGAUCGCCACAGUCUGUCAUGUCAUGGCACACAUAGGUUACAGUAUACAAUGAACCGUAAUACGCUAUAAUAAAGUGUACUAGUGUGUUAUAUAAAAUGUCGUGGGGAUCAAAGGAUUAAAUAUUUUUUACAUCCUUACAUACCUACACAUAAGGUUUUUUCAGGGGCAGGGCUUGUUAAGUAUCAACCGAUUUAUAAUUUGGUAAUGGCUCUCUAAAUUCCUAAAUGUAUUUAUAUUAAAUUUGUUUUAAGAUCAGAUGUAUGAACAAGUAAAGAUAUUUGUUUUUAAUAUAAUAUUAUUACACCUAAAUAUUCAAUUGUUACCAAUAUAUCCUAUAAUAAACAGAUCGUUAACACACAACAAGUCGUAAGUAUACAAAAAUCGCUAUAUAUUUGUAUGAAAUUAUUACAAUUAAUCCUUUGAAUUAUAAAACUAUCCUACCUAUAUACAUAAAUAAGUACUUACCUAUAUAUUUUUAACAAGCUUUUAUUUCACAAUUUAAAUAUGUAGGUACAUGAAGUCGGUUGACUGAUUUUUUUAUCUUAGAUAGGUACUUGUAUUUGCUUGUAUUGUGUAACCAUGUAUUUAUAGUAAAUCAUUUUUGCCACAAGUU